CUCCUCCUCCUGCUCCUCCUUCCCGUCUCUGACACAUUUUAUCUUCCUGACUCCAACCCUCUGCUCUCUUUCAACGAUCAAGUCCGAGAGAGGCAUCUUUACACAGCGAAUAAAAGACAUGGGCUGUUCCUGGAGAUGGGCACUGAUGGCACAGUGAGGGGGACCCCCGAACAAACUGCAAACAGUGUGCUGGAGCUGAGGUCAGUGAGAACAGGGGAGACAGUCAUUCGAGGAGUAUCAUCAUCUCUUUACCUGUGUGCGGACACAACUGGACGUCUAAGGGGAGAGAGCUUGUACAAGGAGGUAGACUGCACCUUCAACGAGCUGCUGCAGGCAAACGGAUACACUCUUUUUUUGUCCAAGCAUCAUGGAUUUCCUGUGUCCCUGGCAUCAAAGCUGAACAAUGAACAAUUCCCUCCUUUCUCCCAGUUCCUACCUUUGAGAACUCAAAUUUCCUCAGGGAAGAAGGGAAGACAAAAUGAAAAUCAAACGCCAGAGCAACAAAAUUUGGAUACUGACUCUGAGGAUCCCUUUGGAAUGGGUCGCAAGGUCACUGUGCAUAGCCCGGAAUUCCACAGUAAGGAAUGAUGCCCUUGACUAGGAUUCAAGGCACGUUACACGCUCUAAUGUAUUUACCAGAAAUAUAUUUUCCCAAAAAUGUGAUGAUGUAGCAACAGUUGUUCGUGCUACUAGAUUUGCAUUGUUAAAGAAGGUGGUUGCUGAGGUAAUCCAGGAACAUAUUGUCCAGUGUGCCUCAGUUUGUCUUGAAUUGCAAAUAUUACGGACUAA